UCAACGAACCGCUUCCUGGUUUAGCUGACUAGCAUAUGCUGGAGAUGCAUCUAUGAAGUCAGAAUUUUUGUGUACACAGUUACACAUUCAGCUUGAGCUGUAGUGCGUUGAAUCAGUCGUCUGUGAAUAGAGGACAGGCUUUGUUUUUGUGGACCCGAGUCCUGGAAAGCGACGAUGUCUGCAGAGGAGGCUGACAAAACAGCCACCACUGACGCUAGCGGCGGCGAUGAAGAGGAGGAAUGGCUGUAUGGAGAUGAGUCCGAGAGUAAAGAGGAAGAUGAUGAAGCCAAAGCUGACUCCGCUGUCAGUGCGUCAGCUGAUACUCCCACCGAGGAAGCUGCUGAACACGCAACAGGAAAUGGAGUGGUCAGUGAGGUAACGGGGGAAGCAGUGACUGGCGAAGAUGUGGACAGUGACAGCGACAGUGACGAUGAUGACGACGAUGUCCACGUCACUAUUGGAGACAUCAAACCCGGUGCCCCGCAAUAUACGCCAUAUGGAGCUCCACCUGUCAACCUCAAUAUUAAGACCACAGGCUCCAGGGGAUACAGUCAAGUGACCACCAAGAUAAAAGGAGUGGAUUUGGAUGCUCCUGGAAACAUCAAUGGUAUACCGACAAUUGAGGUAGAGAUGGAUUCCUUCGAGGAGAAGCCCUGGAGAAAACCAGGUGCUGAUCUGUCAGACUACUUUAACUAUGGCUUCAAUGAAGACACGUGGAAAGCUUACUGUGAAAAACAGAAGCGACUUCGCAUGGGUCUGGAGGUUUCUUCCGUCACAUCGGUCACUAGCAAAAUUUCUGUUCAACAAGGAAGGACGGGCAAUGAGAAGGACCUGUCCAGUUUGCCCAUCCACACGUCCAAGCCGGACUUCUCAUCUCCUGGCAGCCUGUACAAGUCAACCGUCAGUCAGGUCACCAGGAUCACACCCCCUCAGUGGACUGGCCCGCCUCCUCCAGACAUGUCCUACUAUAUGAAGUCAAGCGGCACGAUAGAUGUGAUUGGCGGAGCAAUGGGGACCAUCAGUCGAGUGGAAGGUCGACGCAGACACAACCUCGAGGGCAAUAACAUACAGGUGAUUUCUGAACAUUCCACAUCAGAAUCUGAACCAGCGCCUGCCAAGCUGCCAGCCUUCUUCCCGCCAGGGCCACUUCCGCCCAACAUGCCUCCGCCUCCGUUCCUGCCCCCGCCAAACGUCAGCACGGCACCGCCGCUCAUCCCUCCUCCCAGGUUGCCCAUUACGGUACCACCACCAGGCUUUCCUCCCCCAAGUGGGCCGCCACCUUCCAUCAUUCCUACUUUGGACAGUGGUCAUCCAGGAGCAUAUGAUGGACGCACUGUCCCGCCGUAUCCCUUCCCUCAAGGUGCGUACCCUCCACCAAUGGGGGGUGGGGUCCCCCCUCCCUGGCCGACUAUUGUGGAUAACUCUAAAAACUGGGAGUACUAUUCCCGUCGAGACGACAAGCGAGACAAGGACAGGGAGAGGCAGAGAGAGAGGACACAUGACCGGGACAGAGAGAGGGAGCACAGUCCUGCCAUAGGCUACACGAGUGAAGAGGAGCGCUAUCGCUAUCCCCGUGAGUACCAGGACCGUAGUUACGGCGACCGCCACCGAGACCGAUCCAGUCGUGAGAAGGAAGAUCGACACCGGGAGAGGCGGCACCGCGAGAAGGAUGAGGGGCGACACAAGUCCUCCCGCAGCAGCAGCAGCCGGAGGAGACACGACAGCGAAGAAGGGGACAGCCACCGAAGGCACAAACACAAGAAGAGCAAGAGGAGCAAGGAAGGCAAGGAGGCCAGCGAGGACGCCAGCGGAGACCAGGAGAACCAGGAGGCCAUGGAGUGACCUCUGGUCUGUUCCACCCCCCGGCCCCCUCUCUUGUUGCUACAGAAGGAUGUAGGAAAGGAGCAUAGCCCGGCACAACCAGGACGUUUCUGUGAUCAUGUCCACCACUCUUCUGCCACCUUGUUCUCCACAUCAAGGAAAAAUAUUGACCUCAGAUCUGUCACUCAGCCUCUGAUCGCUGCUGUAAAAAAAAGUCACUCUAGGAUAUUUUGUUGUAUCUUAUUUCAUUUUCAAACUUGGUCCCAAUAAAAUGUCAUCUAUUUUGAUCUUACUGUGUCUGGAAAACAAAACUUUGUUU